AUGACUCUGGCUGCAGAGGAGGGGCCCCUUGGGUAUACAGCGUUUGAGUCGACUCCGCUGCAGCAGCAGCAGCAGCAGCAGCAACAGCAACAGCAGCAGCAGCAGCAGUUCUCAGCCCGCAAGAAGAUAAUGAGGAGACCUCCUUUCAUCUCCCUUGCCCUGCUGCUGCUGCUUCUGCUGCAGCUGCUUCUGCUGCAGCUGCUGCUGCUGCCUGCUGCAGCUGCAACUGCAGCAGCAGCGCGCGCUUGUGGGGGCUGCACCAGCAGCUCCAGCAGCAGCAGCAACAACAGCAGCAGCAGCAGCAGGAGGAGCAGCAGCAGCAGGAGCAGCAGCAGCAGCAGCAGGGCUUUGUCUUUUUGUUGUUCCGGAGUCUUAAGUGGCAGCAGACAAAGCCCAAGAAGGGAUCUGCUGCUGCUGCAGCAACAGAGACAGCAGCGUUGCUGCUCCGGCUUCCUUGUUGCUGCAAAGCCAGCAGCAGCAACACUUAGGGGGCCACAGCAGCAGCAGCAGCAGCAACAGCAGCAGCUGCUGCUUCUGCGCGCUGCUGCUGUAGGGGAUGCAGAUGAAGCAGCUGGGCUGUCCGAAGCAAAGCAACAAGAAGAGCAGCAGAUGCAAAACGAUGCCGCCAGCAGCAACAGUAGCAGCGGCAGUAGCAGCAGCAGCAACAGCAGCAACAGCAGCAGCAGCGACAGCAGCAGCAGCAACAACAACAACACCAACAGCGCUGAUGCCUCAGAUCAGAUUUUCUGCUCCGUGAGCGAAUGCAAUGAGCAGGGAGCAGCAGCAGAAGCUUCGGCUGCUGCUGCAGCAGAAGCUUCGGCUGCUGCUGCUGCUGCAGUGGAGCCAUCUGACGCGCAGCAGCAGCAGCAGCAGCAGCACGAUGCACAGGAGGAGAAAGAGCUCAGGGACGAUGCAGCAGGACACCAAACAGCAGCAACAGCAGCAGCAACAACAGCAGCAGCAGCAGCAGGCGAGGCUUCUCAUGGGUACGAUCCCCUAGCAGCUCAGGAAGCUGCUUCGCUGGAAGCUGCAGCAGCAGCAGCAGGCACAUCUUUAUCUGCUGUUCGUUCGGUGCUGCCUCUGUGGCGUCUCUCGUUUUCUACAUUUCUAACCCCAAACAGCAGCAGCAGCAGCAGCAACGGCAGCAGCAGCAGCAGCAGCAGGAGCGAUUCUGUGUUGUCUUUGUGCGUACCUGGUGCUGAAGAGUUUAAGCGAGGGUUUGCUUUAUUAUCCCCUCCUGUUAGUGCUGCAUCUCCGGUGUAUAGGCAGCUGAAGCAAAGACGAGAAAAAGACAGAAGACGCUUCUUCUCGUGGCAGCGAUCUGUUGCUGCGCUGCAGCAGCAGCGGCUGCGCAUUUUUCAAGGUAUGUUUGCUGCAGAAGGAGACAUAUUUUCUCCUUGUGAUGAUAUAGGAGAUAUGCAGCGAGAGAGAGAGCAAGCAGCAGCAAGGAGACUGCUGCAGCAGCAGCAGCGCAGCAAACAACCUAGAUGGUGGAUCCCUGCACGCACAAUUAAGGCUCGUAGGGCCCGGAGAGCAGCAGCAGCAAAACUCAAAAAGCAGUUGCUGCUGCAGCAAGCUGCAGCAGAUCGCAGACUCCGAAAACAGCAGCAGCAACAGCAGCAGGGGCAGCAGCAAGGGCAGGAAGAGUCUCCUUCUGCUGCAGCAGGAGCAGCAGAAAUGAGUGCGGAUGCUCUGACACAGCAGCAAAAGGAGACAAUUAUAAGGAGACGACUGCAGCACCAGCGGCAGCUGCUGGGUUUGCCUCCGCUAAAGACAGCAGCAGAGAAAGCAGCAGAGAGUUUCUUUAUUAAAGAGAGUGUACGCAUUGCAGAUGCAUUUCAAGCUAUUACUGACGAGAUGGAGCGAGCUAGCGUUGAGGUGUACGGGGAGUUGCGAGCAAUAGAAGAGGAUGCCUCUCUGUGUUUCGACGAAAAGAACUUUAAAUCUCUCGAGUGGAGACAGAGACUCAGAGCUAUUCAGCAGCCCUAUCUAAAGAGACAGCUGCCUAUCGUAUACAGGGCUCACCUACUCAUGGGCCUUCCGGGUGUCCCCGCAUACAGCUACAAAAACCCUUUGCUGCCUGAGGAGGCGCAGGAGACAGCGGAGGCCCCCGCAGGUUUUGUGUCUCCUUCUCUUCCUGUCAGUCGCAGCUGGCUGUCUCCUGACUGCAACUUUGCUUUAUUUCCUUUGUAUGCAACGCCAGAGCAGCAGCAGCAGCAGCAACAGCAGCAGCAGCAGCAGCAGCAGCAGCAGCCUUUUGUCCGUGGCUAUAGACCGCCGAUCCCCACACCCAAACCCUCUGACCUUAAGACUACACGUGAUGCUGCUCAGCUAGCAGCAGCAGCAGCAGCAGCAGCACGAAUAGCAGCGCAGCAGCACUUGCCUCCCCCACCGCAACUACCUCCCCCAGAAGAAGAAACGGAGACACUUGUUUGGGACCUCCGUGUACGCAAGGCGUGGAGACAGGCUAUCUAUAGCAGCAGCAGCAACAGCAGCAGCAGCAGCAGCAGCAGCAGCAGCAAAGAGAAGCAACGCGAAGACUGCCACGACCUGCAGCAGCAGGAGGACAACGAAAGCUCCAGCGGGCCCCAGGAGAUAGCAGAAGAGACAGCAGCAGAGACAGCAGAGGAGGCAGCAGCAGAGACAGAAGAGGAGACAGCUGAGGAGACAGCUGAGGACAACCGCAUGCAAAUAAUCUACGGGAGGAAGACAGCCAAAGCUAUCAACUCAAAGAGCGGCAUCACACAUGAAUGGAGGGGGGCGUCAGCAUGA